UUUAUGAGGUUACACAUUCGUGGCAGCAGGCGGACUCUGAUAAAGUGCUCAUUUAAUCGAAAAGAUAGAUGUCCACGGAGGAAGACACGGAAACAAUGGAGCCUCAGAAGAAACGCUGGAAAUGCUCCGCGUGCGACUCGGACUCCUGGGUCGCCUAUCCCGUUCUGUCAGAUGAGCAGUCACGAGACGUGGAGCUGGUCGAUGCGUUCGCCGCCCCGAUCGUCAACAAGAAGGAGACGUCUCGGCUCAUCCGGGAGCUGAGCGACCUCUACCCGCUGAACGGACUUCAGCACAUCAAGAGGGUACGAGCCUGUAAGGACAAAGGCAGCCCCCAUCCUCUGGAAGUCCUGGUGUGCCUGGUCAGGGAUGUGGUCAGCGUCGACUCGCUCCUACUUGGAGGUGGAGUCAAAUGGGACGGACUAGGUGAGCCCUUUGUGGUUAAGAUCCCAGCACGGCCCCCGCUGACCCGACCUCAGUUUGAACUGGCGAGCCAGCGUUGGCCCACAUCCUUUCAUGAGGACAAACAGGUGACGGUCGCCCUGCGAGGGGAGCUCUUCAGCCCCCAGCAGAAGGCCACCAUGCACAGGUUCAUGUUGUCCGCGGUGACCGCUGCUGAAGCUGCUCGGCAGCUGGGGAUGGAGGCAGUCGGGGCCGUCGUCGUCGACCCCGAGAAGGAGCAGAUCGUAGCGGUCGGCCAUGACUGCAGAGGCGACCACCCCCUUCAUCAUGCGGUCAUGGUCUGCGUCGACCUCGUGGCUCGAAGUCAGGGAGGGGGAUCUCAUUGUUUUGACAGUUACACGAACUGUAGGUAUACGUCACUAAAGGACCUGUCCGGUCCAGAUGUGGGCCCUCAGCCGUACAUCUGCACCGGGUACGACCUGUACGUCACCAGGGAACCUUGCGUCAUGUGCGCCAUGGCGCUGGUGCACUCCAGGAUCGGACGGGUUUUCUACGGGGCCGCUUCUGCCGAUGGAGCGUUGGGGACUAAAUUUAAAAUCCACUCUCAGAGAGACCUGAACCAUCGGUUUGAAGUGUUCAGAGGGGUCCUGAGCAGGCAGUGCGAGGGUCUGUACGGUUCGGAAGAACCCAGGACCAAAGUUUAGAAGGAAAUAAAC